UGGUUUCCCCGCGUAUUUUGAACCCUAACCCUAGAUCGUAGAUUUAGCCACAUACAUACAGGCCAACUUUACAGUUCAGCCAUCCGUUCAUCUGUCGCCGGAGAAAUGUUGGAGCUCAGGCUAGUUCAGGGGAGUCUCCUGAAGAAGGUGAUGGAGUCGAUCAAGGACCUGGUCAACGAUGCUAACUUUGACUGCUCCGCCACUGGGUUUUCGCUUCAAGCGAUGGACUCCAGCCACGUGGCGCUGGUGUCGCUCCUUCUUAGAUCGGAAGGUUUCGAACACUACCGAUGUGAUCGUAACUUAUCUAUGGGUAUGAAUCUCGGUAACAUGACCAAGAUGCUAAAGUGCGCCGGAAAUGAUGACAUCAUCACCAUCAAGGCUGACGAUGGUAGCGACACCGUUACUUUCAUGUUUGAAAGUCCCACUCAAGAUAAGAUUGCUGAUUUUGAGAUGAAACUCAUGGAUAUUGAUAGCGAGCACCUUGGAAUUCCUGAAGCAGAGUACCAUGCCAUUGUCCGGAUGCCUUCAUCUGAGUUUGCAAGGAUUUGCAAAGAUCUCAGCAGUAUUGGUGAUACAGUUGUAAUUUCUGUGACCAAAGAAGGUGUGAAAUUCUCAACAAGAGGUGAUAUCGGAACUGCAAAUGUUGUUUGUAGGCAGAACACCACUGUAGAUAAGCCAGAGGAAGCGACAAUCAUUGAGAUGAACGAACCAGUAUCUUUGACAUUUGCAUUGAGGUACAUGAACUCAUUUACAAAGGCAACUCCAUUGUCGAGUACGGUGACAAUCAGCUUAUCUUCUGAGCUUCCUGUGGUGGUGGAGUACAAGAUAGCUGAAAUGGGGUAUAUCAGAUUCUAUUUGGCUCCUAAGAUAGAAGAAGAUGAAGAGGACAACAAAUCUUGAUGGAUCUUACAAGAUUUGUUAGUUGUUUACCAAAGACACUUUAGUUUAAGGUACAUUGUUGUAGUUGUCACAAUUUUUCUUCUUUCCAAAUCUGUGAUGCAUGGUCAUUGGUAAAUGGUAACAUGGCAAAGACUGAUAAUUGUUCGGUUUCA